GUUUGGGCCAUAGGCCCGUGGUUGCGAAACCCUAACUAAUGUGAUUUUCAUUUUUAGCAAAACCCUGACUACGAUUACCGUCUCCGUCAACGUCGAUUGGCCGAGAAGUUUAUAAGGCCAAAGGGAAAGAAGAUGAAGACAAUUUCUGGACAUUGUGUUUCAUUGAAAGAAAUAUCACUUUCAAAAGCAGCAAAAAUUCUCUCCAAGUUUGUCUCUGCCGAGAACGGUGCUUCACAUGUCAUCAGUGCAUAUCUCCACCGGGCCUCUGCAUCUUUCAAUGAGCUGGACCAUCUCCACAAGGAGCUUAAGUCGUCGCGCUCUCAUAAGAAGAAGAACAAAGGGCACGCGACAGAGACUGAUGAUGAUAGCGGGAGAGUGUUGGAAAAUUCUGUUCGGAGUGUUGAGACUAAUCAAGAGCUCAAUCCUGGGAAGGUGCAAUCUGUGGACGAGUUUAGAGGGCAACGGUUUGGCAGUGAGUAUGCUGACGACGAUGAUGAAAAAUCAGCUCGGACUGUUGUUAAUUUCAGUCAAGAACUUGAUGGUUCUAUUGGGUAUCAAGCAGGAAAUGUGGGUGGGAGUGAGAAGCACAAGAGGAAUAAAAAGAAGAAACAGGAAGUUGAGUCCAGGCACGAUAGAGAUAGCGGAGUUAAAUUUGGAGAGAGGGAAGGUGAUGAAAAACCAUCUACUGUGGAAAAAAAUGAAAUUUUUUCAGGCCGAGAACAGGGCAAUGAAGGUGAGAAACAAAAAAAGGAGAAGAAGAAAAAGCACAAGGAUGGUAAUUGUAAUUUUUCCAGUAAUAAGGGUGAGGUUGAGAAUCUCGAAGGUGAGAAUACAGAGGGACAAGAACAACAGAAAGAGAUAGAAAAGAAGCUAUUCAACAGUGUGGAGGGGGGAAAUGGAGGGCUAGUUGGUCCUCAGGACUUACAAAUUAAGAAGAAAAGGAAACACGAGGCAGGGAAUGUGAGUAAGUUAUAUGCUGAAGAGGUAAAGAUGGAGCAAAGGAGGAAGAGGAAGAAUGAAGAUGUGGAAGGGAGACAAGAAGAUAGAUCUGGGGAUCUGAGUAAGAAGAGAAUGAAAAGGAAGCACCAGAGCGAUCCUCAGUUUUAGGUUUUUUAUAAAUUCACUUGAUAGUUGUUUAAUCUUUUUUGAAAUUGAUGAGGAAUUUGCACCUGUGGGAUUGCUUACAUUGUGGCAUCAGUUUUUGAACUAUCAUAUAAUAUGAGAGGAAUUUGCUUCUUGAUUUCUUUCCUA